AUGAACAAGUUUACAAGUGUAGAACCGAAAGUGAUAUUACCAUAUGAUCCCAUUCCUGGUGAAGUCCCAAGGAAAGUGGCUAUUGAUAGAAAAAGAAAGGAGUUUCGAUCUCUUGAUUUUAAUAGAUUACUUCAGGAAGCUGGAAUUGAAUUUAAAUAGAAGGAUUAAAGUGUAGAGUGGUUGAAACUUGAAUAUUUUGAUGAUACCACAUUUGAUGACAACAGUAAUGAAGAUUGGAUAAGGAGAGAAGAGGAUGAAGAAGGAAUCAAGCAUCCUCUUUUAGGUUUAGGAUUGAGAGGAGAUGAAUACUAAUAUAUGGAAAUAUUGGAGUACAAGGAUGACAAGUUUAUUGGCAAAUGGUUGAAAGAUGAUGUUAAAUUAGAAUUGCAUAGAUUAUACAUUUGUUUUGAUGCAGAAGAUCCACGUAAGUAUGUCAAAAGAUUGAAGAAUGCAUUUUAAUAGAGGAUAUUUGCUGAUGCUCUUGUUAGAUACAACUAUUACAUAGAUAACAUGUCCUUGUUUGAUCUCAGUGAAUUAGACAAUGAAUAAAAGAAAAGAAUUGAACAGAAUGCAAAGACCAAGAAACUAGAAGCUAUGGAAACUACUUAAUUGCUUCUUGAAGUUAAUAUGGAUUUUCAGAGAACUAUGAAUAAGAUCAUAUUCGAUAAGUACUUAGAUGAUGAGUAACAAGAUGAAAACUAUCCUAAAUUGAGAUUACCUGCAAAAGAGAGAAAGAAAGAUGUUCGUUAUUAUGGUUGGAUGGAACUUGAAGCAUCCAAGGGAGUCAUGGAAAAAUGGAUAAAACCUCUGACUUUUGAUGAAUUAAAUAAGAAUUUUGGAUUUUCCACUUUAUAUGUAAGUUAAGAGGUUGUCAAGGCUUUAUAAGAUAUCAGACAUGAAUGCAAUUAAGUUUUAAAAGAGAGUUUGUUUGAUUUCUCUAAAAGAGAAGGUGCAUUACAUUUAGAUGAAUUCAAACACAUGUAAGAAAAUGCAACCACUUCCUUGAUGUAUCAAUUAAAAGGUACAUGGGUGCCUACUAUGAUCAAAAUUAUUAAAGAUAGGUUUGCUGAAAUUGGAAAGGGAUGGUUCAAUAUGAAAGAAACAUCAAAAAUCACCUAUGACUUUGGUAAAUUGAAGCGUAUGUUAACAGUUAUUAGAUUGAUGAUGCAAGACACAAUCACAACACUCAUGAAAUCUAAUUUCGAUAGAUAUUAAAAGACAAUCAAAAGCAAUAUACCCGUAAAUGUAGAUAUUAAAAAUACAGAUUGGGUGUUGAAUAAAUACGAUGAUGGAUUUCUGGCAGACAAUAGAGUUUAAGUAUUUAGUCAUGAUAGAAAACUACCUUUAUUUUAGAUAGAACUAUUAGCAAAGGAUGACUUCUUCUAAUACACAACUAAUCCAACUCUCUAUGUUUUGAUAUCAUUACAAGCAAUGAAAAAGGCUGUAGAUGAAAUGGCAAAGAUACCAGAUUUGGAACCAAGAAUCUUGUCUGAUUUGCAUAAAUCUCAAAAACUAGAAACUUUCAUUAAGGCUCCUAUGAUGCCAAUCUAAGAACCUUUUGCAGAUGAAAAUAAAUGGGUGUGGGAUACUUACUAUUGUAUCAAAGCAUCAAUUGAAGAAGCCUUAUAACCAUUGGAGUAAUACAAGACUGUUUUUAAUAAAUACAUCCCAGUCUUAAAAUUGAGACCAGAUGAUGUGGCUAGAGACAUUGAACUAGAAGAUCCUCCAAGAGAAUUUGAAUCAAUUCGUGAUGAAAUCAUUAAGGCUACUUAGAAGGAGAAAUAAUUAAACGAAGAAAUUCUAGAUUCCAUACAUGUAGGAAUGUUUGAAAUUCAUUUGAACGAAGCAAAAGGAAUUCUUAUUGAAAGAUACUAAGGACUUUAAAAAAAUCUAAUUGAUCUUAUUGCUAGAAGAGCAAGAAAUACUAGUAUUAGAAUAUUUCAGGAAUUUGGAGAUAUCAAGAAGACAAUACUUGAGGAACCUGACACAAUAGAAAAGUUGACACUAUUAAAGGAAUAUAUUGGUAAUUUGCCAUAGGAGUUGGAGAAGAUGAAGAUCAAAAUGAAUUAAUUAUUUGAUGUGUUCAAAAUGUUGGAGGAAUUCAACUACAGAUUUCCACUGGAUGAUUUCCAAAGGAGAUGGAAGAUAUUUGGAAGUCCAAAGGAAAUAAAGGAGAUGGUUGAAGUGAGAAAUGGAUAAUUGGAGAAAUUGAAAGUUAAAUUCUCUGAUGAUGCUAAAGUUUAAUAAGAAGACUUUAGAGAGCAGAUUGAAAAUUUGGAGAGAACUAUUCAAGAGUUUCAUAAACAUCAAGACGUGAGUAAGAAUAAGGAUAUGGCUGAAGUGGUUGAAUAUGUGAUGAAAUAAAUCAGUGAAUUUUAGGAAUAGGCUAGCAAAUUCAAUAUGCAAGAAGCAUUGUUUGAUAAACCACAAACUGAUUAUUCCAAAUUGAACUCCAUGUCUAGGGAAUUCAAGCCCUAUUAUGAUUUAUGGUCAAGCACUUAUAAAUUUAAGAAUGGUAUUAAAUAAUGGUUGAAUGAUGAUUUUAUGAAUGUUGAUGCUGAUGAGUGUGAGAGAAUAGUUGAGGAAGGUGUUAAAAAUAUCUAGACUGCCAUGAGAACAAUUCAAGUAACAGGUAUUCAAAAGAUUGCUGAAGCUGUAAAAGCAGAGAUUGAUGAAUUUAGACCAAAAGUGCCAUUAUUGUCAGCUCUUAGGAAGAAAGGUAUGACUGUAAGACAUUGGACGUAAGUGUCUUAAUUGAAGGGUCUUGAUCAUGUCAUCAACCCUGAUGAAUAGGGAUUUUGUUUUUAGAGAAUUCUCAAUGAUGGAUUCUUGGAUGUGAUUGACAAGGUUGUUAAUAUUGGAGAAACAGCCAACAAGGAAUACUAAAUAGAAAUGAUGCUUGACAAUAUGCUUAAUGCUUGGGAGAAUAUUAAAUUUUAAUGUGUUCAAUACAAAAACACAUUUAUUCUCAAAGGAUUCGAUGAAAUACAAAUAGUCUUGGAUGAACACAUUAUUAAUACUUCUGCUAUGGUAUUCUCACCAUUUAAGAAAUUCUUUGAAGAAAGAAUCAGUGAAUGGGAUAAGUCAUUGAGGAAGAUUCAAGACAUUUUAGAAGAAUGGGCUAAAUUUUAGUAAUAAUGGAUGUAUUUGUAACCCAUAUUUGAUUCUCAAGACAUCGCUAAGUAAUUGCCAGCAGAAACCAAGAAGUUUAAAACGGUUGAUUAAACUUGGAGAACCACAGUGACACAAGCCAAGGCUAAGGAGAAGGUCUUGGAUGUUUGCAUUGAAGAUGGGUUAUGGGAAAGAUUGCAUGAAGCCAAUAAGACAUUGGAAAUGGUUUAAAAAGAACUGAACAAUUAUUUAGAAAAGAAAAGAGAGAAGUUUGCAAGAUUUUACUUCUUAUCAAAUGAUGAAUUAUUAGAAAUUCUAUCUUAGACAAAAGAACCAACAGCAGUCUAACCUCAUCUUAAGAAAGUGUUUGAGAAUAUCAACUCAAUAGAAUUUGAUAAGGAUAAGAAAAUUCAUGCUAUGUUUUCAGCUGAAAAGGAGAAAGUACCUUUUGCCAAAAUAGUGGAUCCAAACAAAAAGAAUGUUGAAGAAUGGAUGAAUGAAGUUGAAAAUAUGAUGAGGUUAUCAGUUAGAUAAGCAUUAAUGGUUAGUAUUGAAAAUUAUACACAAGUAAAAAGAGAAGAAUGGGUUUUGAAACAUCCAGGUUAAUGUGUAUUGAAUGGAUCAUAAGUGCAUUGGACAAAAGAAGUAGAAGCAGCUAUUGAUGCUUAGAAUCUUAAAGGAUAUUUCAAAAGAUUGGAAGAUUAGCUUGGGUCAUUAGUUGAUUUGGUUAGAACUAAAUUAUCAAAACAAGCAAUGGUUACAAUAAAUGCUUUGAUUGUUAUUGAUGUGCAUGCCAAAGAUGUUGUAUAGAAGAUGGUGGAGAGUGAGGUGUAUGACAAAUUUGCCUUUGAAUGGAUAUCGCAAUUAAGAUAUUAUUGGGAAAAUCAAUUAGUAGAUUUUGAUUGUUGGGUAAAGUGUGUAUAAACCAAUUUCCCAUAUGGUUAUGAAUAUCUAGGAAAUACACUCAGAUUGGUUAUUACACCCUUGACUGAUAAAUGUUAUAUGACAUUGAUGGGUGCAUUAAGGUUAAAUUUGGGAGGAGCUCCAGCAGGUCCAGCUGGUACUGGAAAAACUGAAUCAACUAAGGAUUUGGCUGAAAAGCUUUGGCAAAAUAAUGUGUGGUGUUCAAUUGUUCGGACUCUAUGGAUUUUAUUAUGGUUGGCAAGUUCUUUAAGGGAUUAGCAUCUGCUGGUGCUUGGGCCUGUUUUGAUGAGUUCAAUCGUAUCAAUAUUGAAGUGUUAUCAGUUAUUGCAUAAAAAAGCAAAAGGAACACCUUAAGUAGAAUUUGAAGGUUCAUUCAUUAAAAUCUUACCUACUUUUUCAGUGUUUAUUACAAUGAAUCCUGGUUAUGCUGGAAGAACAGAGUUACCUGAUAAUUUGAAGGCACUCUUUAGACCAGUGGCUAUGAUGGUUCCAGAUUAUGCUAUGAUUGGUGAAAUUAUGCUCUAUUCAUUUGGUUUUAAAUUAGGUAGAGAUCUCUCUAAAAAGAUGGUUACUACAUUCAAAUUGAGUUCAGAAUAAUUGUCAUCCCAAGAUCACUACGAUUAUGGUAUGAGAGCAGUAAGAUCUGUGAUUAAUGCAGCAGGUCUAUUAAAAGUUUAAUUCCCAGAUAUGAAUGAAGAAUAAUUAUUAUUAAGAGCGCUUAGAGAUGUAAAUGUUCCAAAAUUUUUGAAAGACGAUUUACCAUUAUUUGAAAACAUCAUAUCGGAUUUAUUCCCUGGGUUAGAAAGACCACAAUACGAUUAUGGUAAGUUGAUUCCAGAAUUAUCAUUGUAAUGUGAGAAGUACGUUUUCAAGGAAUAACCUUAUCCUGUUCAACCUGUACAACCAUUCAUUGAUAAAGUGCUACAACUCUAUGAUACAAUAUAAGUCAGACACGGACUGAUGCUGGUGGGUCCAACAGGAGGUGGUAAGACAACCAAUUACUAGAUCCUCUCAAAGUCAAUGACGAAAUUAGGAGAAGCCAAUGGUUUUUAUAAAGUACAUACACACAUAUUGAAUCCUAAAUCAAUUACUAUGGGUUAAUUAUAUGGUCAAUUCAAUGAAUAAACUCACGAAUGGACUGAUGGAGUCUUAGCCUAUAUGGUGAGAGAAGCUGUGAAAGACACAAGUUCUGACAGACAUUGGAUAAUGUUUGAUGGACCUGUUGAUGCAUUGUGGAUAGAAUCCAUGAAUACUGUAUUAGAUGACAACAAGAAGUUAUGUUUGAAUAGUGGUUAGAUCUUGACAUUAACUCAAUACAUGACCAUGAUGUUUGAGGUCGAAGAUUUGGCUGUUGCUUCACCUGCCACUGUCUCAAGAUGUGGUAUGGUUUACAUGGAGCCUAGAGCAAUGGGUUUCCUACAAAUAUUAAAAAUAAAAAAGAAGGAUGUGUUGAACAAUUUGACUAAGUGGUUCCAAUAAUAUGUGGAUGAGGCACUGGAAUUUACAUACAAACAUUGUAAAGAAGUUAUUCCUACAAUGAGAAACAAUUUAGUUUAAUCGCAAUAGAGAAUUAUUGACAGUUUAAUUUCUCCAUAUGUAGAAACUGAAAUUAAAAAAGUCUCAGUUGAUGAACUUGAUCAAUUGAAUCAGAAUAUUGAAUACUACUUCCAUUAUUCAUUAGUUUGGAGUAUUAUGGUAACAGGAGAUUUCUAAAGUAGAUAAAAAUGCGAUAAGUUCCAUAGAUAAUAGAUGCAAAAAUAUAGAGCCAACUUUGAAUAUCCAAAAGAGGGUUUGAUUUAUGAUUACUAAAUAAAUUUAUCACCUUGGAGUGAUGCUUAUUAGUCAUUUGAAAUUGAUUAGAAAUUAUAAUUCCAUGAAAUUGUGAUUCCUACUACUGAUUCCACUCGUAAUAUGUAUUUGAUGAAAUUGAUACUUACUAAUAAUUUCCAUGUGUGUUGCCCAGGACCAACAGGUACAGGUAAAUCAUAGAAUUCAUAUCAAUUAUUGAUCAUGGGCAUGCCUGAAGAUUUUCAAUAUGUUCCCUUAACUUUUAGUGCUUAGACAUCAGCAAAUCAAACACAAGAUACGAUUGACUCUUGGAUUGACAAAAGAAGAAAAGGAGUAAGAGGACCCCCAGUCGGAAAGAGAUAAGUCAUUUUCGUGGAUGAUCUAAACAUGCCUAAGAAAGAAGAGUAUGGUGCUUAACCACCUAUAGAAUUGAUCAGAUAAAUAUUAGAUCAUUAAGGUUGGUAUAAUAGAUAAGAUCUGUAAUUUGUGAAAUUAGAAGGGCUGCUCAUCUUGUCUGCAAUGGGGCCUCCUGGUGGUGGUAGAAGUAAUAUUACAGGCAGAGCAGUUCGACACUUUAAUGUAUUAGCAUACACGGAAUUGGAUGAGGAUGUCAUUAAAUCAAUAUUUUCAAAAAUAAUUUAAUUUUUCUAUAAGAAAUUCAGUGAAACUGUGCAAAUGUUGUAGAUGCAACUAAUUAAUAGUGUGUUAAGCAUUUAUAAUUCAGUCAGAAGAGACCUCUUGCCUACUCCAUCGAAAAGUCAUUACACCUUCAAUCUCAGAGACAUAAACAAAGUGUUUUAAGGAAUUUGCAGUAUCUUACCUAAAAACUGCUAGGAGCCUGCCCAAUUAGUUAAACUAUGGUAUCAUGAAAAUAUGAGAGUAUUCCAUGAUAGAUUGAUUAAUGAAUAAGAUAGAGUCUAUUUCAAAUAGCUACUCACUCAAUUCUUUGUUGAUUUUGGAUUGAAAUAGGAAGAAGUAUUAGAUUAGGAGAGAAUCAUCUUUUGUGAUUUUCUAGGCCAUACGUUUAGGUAUAAGGAGAUCUUCAAUAUUUUGUUGGGUAGAUGGAAGAAUUAUUAGAUCAAUACAACAAGGAUGUUGGAAGCGGAAAGAAAUAGAUGA